ACACUUUGGUUACCAUGUGUUUGAAGGUGUUGUUACUUUUUUUAGUAAGUUUCGCCUACGCGGAUCAUAAUCCAGGUUGGCAACACAACCAGGAAUAUGCUUACAAGGUCAGUGGGCGCAUCUUAACAAGUCUUAACCAAAUCAACAAAAACUAUACCGGAAUUGUGCUCACUAGUGAUCUCUUCAUCCAACCGACGUCCGACGGGCAUUUAAUCGCUAAGCUUUCAAAUGUCCGAUAUUCUGAUCUUCAUUCCAAACUAAAUGAUGCUCAAGAAAUUCUUCAGUCACCACUUGAUUACAAACAGUUGCCAUUGUCAUCUAAACCUUUUAAAAUUGUCAUGAAUAACGGCGUUGUCCAUGAUCUCGUCGUAGAUAGAUCAAUCUCAAACUGGGAAGCUAAUAUGAUCAAAGGUGUCGUCAGUCAACUACAGAUUGACACGGAAGCUGAAAAUAAAAUUCGUAGCUCUAUUAAUAUUUUACCUCAGGAUGAUUCAGAAACUGCUGUUUUUAAGACCAUGGAGAAAACGGUUACUGGAGAAAGUGAAACCUUGUACGAAAUUCAUCCUUUUCCCGAAUAUCUACUACAAACGGAACCGUCGUUGGCCCCCAAGAAACACCAAGACGAAAAACUCAUAGAAGUAGUAAAACACAAACAUUUUACACACAGUAAGGAAAGUCCUGGUUAUCAUUUUGGGUUUGAAGGAGCUGACGGUUUUGAAAUUGGUAAUAAAAUCGGGGAGUUCUUCUCUAGGAGUUCAACAAGUCGUAUCAUUCUCUCUGGGAGCUUGAAAAAUUUCACUCUGCAAAGUUCAGUUACGUUUGACGAAGUCAGCUUAAGACCAAAUUUAGAAGACACACAACGAGGAUCGACUUUAAGCAUCGUAAAUAUUACUCUUGAUUUUAUGCAGCCACUGAGUCAAAAAAUGGAAGAUGUUUCCAAUCCGAUCAGUGUGGGGAUUGUUUACCGGUACAACAAACCUUUCGGUAAGUCCAACAAACCACAACCGAAAAUCAAAACAGACUCUGAUGAUAGUGGAUCUUCUGCAAGUUCAAGCCAGAUGAAAGAUUCUGUUUCUUCUACGGCAUCUAGUGAGGGCGGAGGUGUAGCAAGACCUGAAAUCUAUCUUCAUGUUCAAGAAAAACCGCACAUGGAUGAGGCUCCUGCUGCUCCUCUGUUACCUUUAACUGUGGGUUUUGACGGUCAAGCUAUUAGUUUGCUACAUGACAUCAAGGAAAGAGUACGAUCGCUUGCCAAAAUAGUUGGACAAGAGUUCCAAGAACCUAAGAACAUUCCUGAACAAAAUACUUUAGGAAAAUUUCUAAUGCUGACUAGUUUGGUUAAACUUAUGAACUACAAAGAAAUGAAACAAGUAGCUGAGGAGCUUUAUAGAAAGAACCAGCAUAGAACUUCAGGGGCGACUUGGGUGGCGUACCGUGAUGCUGUAGCCCAAACAGGAACAGGUCCAGGUCUUAAAUGCAUUGAAGAAUGGAUUCGAAACGAUCAAGUUUCUGGAAAUGAAGCAGCCGAACUCGUAGCUACAGCUGCCAACUCAGCCCGUUAUCCCACAGAAGAGUAUAUGAAAUUUUUCUUUGAAAUGGUCCAGAAUACACAGUUUAUGGGACUGGAAGCUUUAAAUGAGUCCCUCGUGUUGUCUUACUCGUCCCUUCUGUAUCACGUCUAUGUUAACGCAAAAGAUUCUCAUAAUAAGUAUCCUGUUCACAGUUUCGGAACCUUUAAUACCAUAGACGGUCGUUCCUUUGUUAAAGAUAAAGUUAUUCCAUAUUUCUCUACCAUGCUUGACAAAGCUGUAACUGAAACGCACACUAAACAAAUUCAUGUAUACAUUCGUGCUCUUGGUAAUGUUGGUCAUCAACGUAUUUUGUCAGUAUUUAAACCAUAUUUGGAAGGGAAGAAAAAGGUGUCCCAGUUCCAAAGGAUCUUAAUGGUGAUGGCCCUUGACAAUUUGGUUAACAAUAAACCCAAAGCUGCUCGUUCCGUUUUGUUUAAAAUUUACCAAAAUGCCAAAGACUUUGACCAAGUGCGGGUCGCUGCCGUUUACCAACUCAUACGUGCUAGCCCCUCAUCAGCUAUGUUGCAAGAAAUGGCUGCAUACACCAAAAUUGAUACAAGUAUUCAAGUUAAUGUCGCAGUCAAAUCAGCUAUUGAAGCUGCAGCUACUCUAGAUGUACCACGACUGGCUAAAAUUCGGGAGGCCGCAUGGUCAGCUAAACCUUACUUAACCACAGAAAAUUUUGACACCCAAAACUCCAAAAUAUAUUUGCAAAACUACAUGGUCGAGCAGAUGAAGAUAGAAAUCAAGCAAAUAACGGAAUUCGUGGGCGGUGAAGACUGUGUUUUACCUCGAGGUAUCAACUACAUGUUGCGAUCACGUGUGGGAGGAGUUAAACAACAAAUCGUCAAUCUCAAAACUUUGACGUCCAGUGUUGACGAUUUAACAAAUGUGUUUGAACAACAAACGAAGUCUUAUCGUCAAUUACUGCAAGAGAAACAAGCGUCUGAAAGUAUUAAAACCAAAUGGUCCAGCGAACAUACUGCCAAACUUUUGAACAUGCAGAACGAACAAAGAGAACAACUUGAAAGUUACAUGUUUUUCCACAUAGCAUCUCUGCAAAAAAUAUUCUCCUUUGAUAAUCAAACGAUCGAAAACAUAACACAAGUUGUUAGAGAGAUCGAGGAAGAACUAAAACAUGGAAAACACCUAGAUUAUAACAAGAUGGCUGUUCAACCGGAAAUGGUCGUCUCGUUUCCGCUUUCGUGGGGUUUGCCUUUUAUUCACUCCUAUGAUAGACCGACUAUGAUCCAUUUAGAAAGUGACGUCAAGGUCGUGUCUAACCCUUCUGUCUACUCUGAAGAAGGUCUUCAAAAACCGGAAACAGUCAAUGCCGAAUUUCAAGUCCACGGGUUUAUGACUGGAAGAGCGCAGAGUCAGUUUGGAAUCUUUACACCCUUCAAUCAUAAGCGUUAUAGUGCAGGGUACGACAAAAACUUCCAACUUCUGAUACCGCACUUAACCGCGAAACUUCAUCUUGAUGUCAAAAAUAAGCAAACGACGUGGGAAAUCACGAACCCCAAACCAGAGAAUAAUGUGACUUUGGUACAUUUCAGUACUUGGCCGUAUACUACUCAGAAUGACAUUUGUAGCAUAAAACAUCAUAAGGAAAUUAUCUUUCAACGAAACCCCCAAAAAAUGGAUGUUGUAUUUGGAGAAAAGUCCACAGGAAUUGCGUUCUCUUUAAAGAUGACGGGUAACCAAAAGAUCGAUUAUGGGUUUUUGUAUAACAAGAUAACAAAUAACGGUUUGAUGGCCAUGUUUCUUGGAUCGUGGUUAGACGAAAACAUCGAACAUGUGCAAAUUGAUUUUGGAAUUAGGUCUGCCCAAACUACUGUCCACAAAAUGGUGAUUCAUUUAGGUCACCAAGAACAAUAUUCGCCUGGAUCGUCGAAGCCUAAAGAUUUAGAAAAAAUUCAGACUCAACAUCCCAUUUCUAAAGAAUCGUGGGAAAGACAAAGUGAAUUUUUGAAAAAUAGUAGUUUGGGUAUUAGUAACGUACAAGCUGAAGUAUUUGACGCAGUAGUAUUACUUGAAGGUCAAAAAGUAAUGAAAUAUUCUGCAACUAUUUCUGGGGGUAGAAGCAAUGUUGACCCAAAGGGACGUAUUCUUAUGCAGGUGGCGAAAGACAACCAAGAAGAAAAGCCUGUAAAAGUAUAUAUUGUCAGUAAUAGCAACAUUCCUAACAUUCCGAGUCUUAGUCUGGACUCUGUUUUGAAUUUUGAUCCUUCUGCUACUGUUGAAAUUGAAGGCACAGUAGACGGAGACGAAAAUGAGUCACAAAUCAAUGCCAAAGUACAACUAUUUAGGAGUGAAAAUCGCAAACAAUAUUUAAAAAAUCAACCGGAAUAUAAAGUCUGUCAGGAACAAAUGACAAAAGGUAACCACCAGUUACCACCGUGUGCGAUUUUGACAGCACAAUCCAGCAUUUUGGACCAAUUUAUGAUCAGUUUUGAGUAUCAAAACAUAGACCCUGUGGUGGUGAAUCAAACUUACAAGUUGUAUAGUGUUUUGCGUCACUAUAUGUAUCCCAGAAUUUCGGAAAACAUCAUAGAUAGUUAUUCUCAUGGAAGGAAUAGUGUUAUAAUAAAGGGUCAAUAUAGUCCAGAUUUAUCGUCCCUUAGUGCUUCUAUUAGUGGUAGUUCUGGAAGAAUUGAAAUCGAUAAGCUCCCGAUGGAUCCACUUUCGAGGCAGCCUCUUGUACUUCACCCGGUACAUCAAACCAAAACACACGUUCAAGGACACCUCCUUAAUGACCCCUCGUAUCAAGCAUUUUGCGUGGUGGACUACGAUGCUGUUAACACUUUGGACAACAAGACCUACCCGGUUACUCUGGGCAAGGAUUGGGUCGUUAUGUUCCACUACGUCCCACGGAGACCAUCUUCCGUUAAAAAAUAUCCAGACUUGUCAGUUACGGAUCAACUAAAUCAACAAAUUGAAGGUUACAUUGUAUACGUACGCGCUAACCCAGAAGACCAAUCUCAGAACAAAUUUCAAAAAGAGAUCAGAAUAGUCAUUCAGUCACCAAACACACUGGCCAAAGUGAUUGACGUAACACUUAAACCCUCUGGUACUACAACUGGAUAUCCUAGACUGUUCAUUCAAGAUGAACCAAUAACUUACGCAGAAUCGACCUCCCAUGUUCAUGAGGGUUACAUGCAAGUGUACACAUUACCCCACAACGAAGUCAAAAUGGUAGUCUAUGACGCUUUUACCAUAGUUUAUGAUGGAGUUCGCGCUAAAUUGACUGUUACUAAUGAUAAAUUCCGCGAUGCUGCACGUGGUCUUUGUGGAACUUUUACCGGAGAGCCCGAAACAGAUUUUACUUAUCCUGGAAACUGUGUCAUCCGUAGUUCUGAAGUCUUCGUCGCUAGUAACACCGUCUCUGAAAAGCAAGAUACUAAACGUAUGAAUGGUAUGUUGAUGAUUCAAGGAGAAGACAAUACGUGUUAUCAAAAGACAGUGGGUUAUGUUGAUGUUGUUUCCGUUUACGAUUCCGGACUUGCAAUGUCCCCGAUAAACUAUAGAACUAAAUAUGUGAUUAUGGGUGACCAGAUUUGCUUUAGCAUUAGACCACUGCCGGAUUGUAACUUUGGGUAUAAGAAACGUACUGUUUCUAGACAGGUUCCGGCACACUGCCUCACAAUGUCAGGACUUGCCCAUUUGUACAAGAAGGAAAUUGAUGCAGGGGCCAAUCCUAGCUUCCAGAGGAAAAAUCACAACAGGAAUGUUGCGAUGCCUAUAGCAGAAAGUUGUGAGUUGUAAAGACAUCUAGAUGUAUGUAUAGAGAAAUUUGUAUUAGGAGGUACAAACGUAAAUAAAUAGAGUAUUCU